AUGACCAUCUGUCCUAAACACAGAAGAGACCUGACAGUCGACUGGAGAGGUCAUAAAAGUUCAACAUGUUGCUAUCCAUCGCACGAAGGUCAACGCAAGCAGGUCAAGGACCCACGCCGUGUCAAUUACGCAACGUCCAAGAAAAUCUUUGCUUUACACAAUGCUGCUGUCCCAGUUGGGUCCGGUGAGUGUCUCUUAUUACUUUAAAAUCCUUUUGUCGAUCUUACCUGGUAAAUUACGUUUCCCAUAAAUAUCACGAAAGGCUCUAGGCUCUAGGCGUAUCGAGUAUGACUAUUGUAGUGAAAGCGCUGGCAUCAAGUUGCAAAUUUUAAGGCGCCACUAUGGGCCUCUUCAUAUGAGCCCGGUUGACCGGGCUGACUCGGUUUCCGAGAUCUCGCCUCACCUCUAAAUCCUUUGUAAAAGUUUUCAAUGUGUUCAUAUGAGAGGGCGGGCUGGCUCGGUUCCCGAGAUCUCGGUAAGAGUUACCGAUGCCAAGAUAGGCCCAAAAGUUAAAAUGUUUGUGUUUCGCUAUGUUGCUUUGUUUCCCAAAUUUGGUGCCAGAACUCGUACCCAGGAUCUUUGACCUUUUCUCAUCUCGGAAACCGGGCUGAAAUUUCUCAUAUGAACCCAAGGCAAAAUUCAUCCCAGCAACCGAGCCAGCCGGUCAACCGGGCUCAUAUGAAGAGGCCCUAUAUCAACAGAAGCUCGGGGGGUGGGGUAAAUUUCCUUGGAUGUGCCAUAAAUCAAACAAGGGUGAGCCAUCCGCGGAGACCUAGGGGCAGUCAGUCGGGUCGGGAGAAAAGGCGCGAAGAAAGUUUUCAAGCACGGACUGACUGCCCCUGGGUCUCCGAGGAUGGGGUGAGCAAGCAAGAUACUUUUAUUCAGAACGGAAGCUAGCCUGCGAAGCGCAGACGUAUUUCCGGUCGUCGCUUCUCUCCCUCCGAAAAAUAACGGAGGGAGAGAAGCGACCACCGGAAAUACGUCUGCGCUUCGCAGGCUAAACAGAAGCCUUUUUUGCCACAAAAAGUCUUUUCAAGUGUUGUCGUGACAGAAGCUACAGCGUGACACGCCUACUUGAACAGGAACUAUAAACUACAACUGUAAAGGUUUUUCAGAUUAUUUUAUAACAGGAAAAUUUUUUCAAAUAAAAAUAAUCAUUCAUCUCGCGCUAUUUUCUUAAAAUGUUUUAAGUGCUCGUACUUUUCCACUUUCACUGAUGACAAGAUUGAAACUCAAUGUCUAAAUUUUAGCUGUCCCACAAACUAUGUAUAAAAUUCGAUUUUUGGGGUUUGAAUUAAGAGUGACAUUUUUAAUCUUUAUCCAUUUCAUUUGUAUUAGCUAUUUGUGUAAAGUGUCGCACAGAGCAUUACAGACUACGCCAUGAAGAAGACUCUGAAAGAGGAAGGGGCGAUCAGCAGGUUGUGUAUUUGCUUUCUUUAGUCACGCAAUUUAAGCUAGGCAUCUGA